CCAAACUCGGCUCGUUCUUCUCUUUUUCUUUUUCUCGCCUACUCUUGUUCUUUGCUCCAACAUGUACCUGAGCCGACAAGCAUUAAGCGCUGUGCGCAGACCGACAACUUUACAGCAAUGUACUAAAUUGCACUUCCAUGACUGCCCUGUCAACGAAAUGCAACCUUUACGACUGUUGCUUCUUGGCAGUCCGGGUUCUGGAAAAGGUACUCAAUCAAAUCGUUUACAAAAAAAUUUUGGCGUCGCGCAUCUGUCAAGCGGCGAUUUACUAAGAAGAAACAUCAGUCAAAAUACACCAGCUGGAUUGAAAGCAAGUGAUUAUAUGACCAAGGGCAAGCUGGUACCGGAUGAAGUGAUGCUGUCAUUGAUAGACGAGGAGCUGGCCACGAUGGGUAACCCGAACUGGCUGCUGGACGGAUUUCCACGAACGAUUUUACAAGCAAAGGCACUGGAUGCACGACUACAAAAGCUUACACAGCCGUUGAAUCUGGUGAUCAAUCUCGAGGUGCCGGAAGACGUGAUCCUGGAACGCAUUAUGGGUAAAUAAUCUCUUAUCUUCUUUUUUGGGACUGUGAAUUUGUGUAUGCACUAAGGUGCUCCGUGGGAACUGCUCUGUGUGUUUAGCUUUAUGGAAUAAAGAAGAAGGGGGUUGCGGAAAGAAUUUAAAAAAAGUUCCAUGCUGAUAAGGAAAAUGUUAAAAAAUAGACCGGUGGGUACACAUUCCUUC